AUGUUGCGUGAGCUCUGGGAGGAAGUGACCCACAACUUGAAAGUUGGCAAUAUUGAUGCCGCCACGGACGCCAAAACACGGCUGGAACAGCGUCAACGCCGGGAGGCUGCAGCCCGUCAGGAGACCAAUGAGAAGUGGGAUCCACAUUACUUUUCGGAACAGGGCAAUACCUACAUCUAUCGCUGGCCCCUGAUGGGCCGAAUUUAUCAGGCGUCGUCGUCGCCGCCUAAUAAUAAUAAUAACACAACUCAGUCUAACAGUCUUGCUAGUUCUCAGGCAGUUAGCACCCACCCCAACGAUGAAUCAUCCACGCCUACACCACCG